AGUGUGGCAGCUGGCCGACAGCAUCUCUUCAUGAUUCUGAAGGACAAUGAUCUCCAGCUCAGCCAAGCGUCAGCCAUCUAUGGGAUGAGGAGAUGGAGGCCCAGAGAACCAGUCAGAAAGUGGCCGGGCCAGGACUAAGAGUGCAGCGCGCUGCCUCCGUGCCCUGGGUCAACAGCUCAAGGAACUGGGGUGCUCCGGAAAUGGGGCCAAGGCUGCUGGGCAGCAGGACGCUCAGGGCCUUGGUCUCAGGAGAGAGCUCCCCUGAACAGCAGCUGCAGCAGCCAUGGCCCCGCCCUGGGUGUCCGCCAUGGGCUUCACGCUGGCGCCCAGCCUGGGGUGCUUCGUGGGCUCCCGCUUUGUCCACGGCGAGGGUCUCCGCUGGUACGCCGGCCUGCAGAAGCCCUCGUGGCACCCGCCCCACUGGGUGCUGGGCCCCAUCUGGGGCACGCUCUACUCGACCAUGGGGUAUGGCUCCUACCUGGUCUGGAAAGAGCUGGGAGGCUUCACAGAGGAGGCUGUGGUUCCCCUGGGCCUCUACACCGGGCAGCUGGCCCUGAACUGGGCGUGGCCCCCCAUCUUCUUUGGUGCCCGACAAAUGGGCUGGGCCUUGGUGGAUCUCCUGUUGGUCAGUGGGGCAGCGGCAGCCACUACCGUGGCCUGGUACCAGGUGAGCCCGCUGGCCGCCCGCCUGCUCUACCCCUACCUGGCCUGGCUGGCCUUCGCGACCACACUCAACUACUGCGUAUGGCGGGACAACCAUGGCUGGCGUAGCGGACGCCGACCGCCAGAGUGAGUGCCCGGCCCACCAGGGACUGCAGCUGCACCAGCAGGUGCCAUCACACUCGUGAUGUGGUGGCCGUCACGCUUUCAUGACCACUGGGUCUGCUAGUCUGUCAGGGCCUCGGCCCAGGGGGUCAGCAGAGCUUCAGAGGUGGCCCCACCUGAGCCCCCACCCGGAAGCAGCGUCCUACGCUUUCUGCAUGCUUAGAGCAUGUUCUCGGAACAUGGAAUGUUAUAAGCCUAAUAAAGUUUUUGACUUCCUUUA